AUGGGACAAGGCGAAGAGAAGAAGACCCGACCCGACUCCCCAGUCGAAAUUCUGGAGAAGGGAGAGAUAUUCUUCUUCUACAGACCGAGAGUGAACAGAGAGGAAGCUCACAGCCCCGACGACGUCCAGCGCCUCUUCAUCGUCCUCAGGCCUGAAUCCGGCGACCGACCCACCGAAGAUAAACAGGAACCCGAUUCCGGCAAGGAAGGCUCCAAGCGCCGCCGCCGCCGCCACGACUCCUCCUCCUCCCCAAGCGACGGCAAGGACAAGGACAAGGAAGGUGGCCAUGGCGUCCAGAAAGUGAACAUCGAGAAGGAGCGGCUGAUGAGGUUCAUAGUCAUGGGCCGCAAAUCCCUUCCGGACCCAAGCAAGAACAAGGGCCGCCCCUUUUGGGGCUUCGUCGAUCUGGUCACCACCAAUCUCGACCACGUCAAGGACACUCUCAGAUCGAGAGAUUACGAGACGGCCUCCGGGGGCAAGAGGCACGAGGCGGCGGCUCGAGCGGUGGGGGAAGGAGUGUACCGGAUUCUUCGGCACAACCCGGAGAGCAAGAAGAAGAUGCACACCCAUCUGAUCUACAAGCUGGAGCUGCCGGCGGAGGGGAAGACGACGAAGAGCCACGAGCCGCCGCAGGAGGCGCUCCACAUCGAGCGGGAAGGGUCGUUCGUGAUCCAGAUCAAGAACCCGGAGUCCGGUUCCGGUGGUGGGUCGGGUUCCGGGUUCGGUGGGCUUAGGGAGAAGCGGAGGGCCCAGUUCCCGGCCCAUCUGCAGGGCGGGUUCGGGAACAGCAGGAGGUUUGGGCCCGCUGACCCGCCGGACUUGCUGAAUUAUGAAGGAUGCGAGUUUCUGAUGAUCGCGGCGGCGGACGAUGUGGAGGAGGAGCUGGGGUUGGAGCUGGAGGGGGAGACGGAGCGGUGCGAGGAUGAAGGGUCGUGUUCCGAUCUGGUGAAGGAGUUCGGUGACGUGGUGGCUCCGGCGCCGCUGCUGGAGGGCACUUGGGCUUGA